CGUGCCCGGGCCAUGAUGAGUUCCAUGACCGGGCUGGGACGGCGGGCGGGGCUGGCCUGUGAUGCGCUCUGGGCUCUGUGACAGCACAGGGGCCGUGUCACAAUGGGGGCAACUAUAGAAGGCCCCAAGCCGGUGCCGCUGCCCCAGUAGAGCCUCGGCAAGCGACCAUGGCUUUACCGUCACUGUUCUUCGUGCUGGUGCAAAGACUGAUCCAGUUCCCCCAGCCAGCUGGGGAUGGGCUGGAUGAGGCCACGCACCAGAGAAUGCGGGAGCGUCAGGAGCUGCUGGACCGUGAGAUGGCCCGGCUGCUGCAGGAGCUGGAGCAGCAGGACGAGGGCUGGGGAGCCAUGCUCUUUGGUGCCCUGCAGCAGUGGCCAUUCUGGGUUCUUGCUGGCAUCCUGCUCCUCUUGGGCCUGUGGCUGGGCUGCAGGAGAAGGAGCUGUGAGGCCAGCAGCAGCAGCAAGGACCAGAGCUCCUGCAAGACCUUGGCAGAUGAGACAGUAACGGAACAGGAAGAAGACACUGCUGAUCCAGAGGAAGGUGGAGAAGAUAGUGAUAUGGCUCUGGAGGCAGACGACAGCGGCACUGAAAAUGACAGAGAAGGCAGACCUGUGGCUGCAGGUGAUGGAGACAAGGAUGAUGCCAUUUGUUACAGCAAUUAUGAUGUGAAGGUGAAGGAAGACGGCGAUGUCAACAGUGGCAAUUAUGAUGCGAAGGAAGACAGCCAUGUCAACGAUGGCAAUGGCUAUGAGUUAAAGAAAGAAGGACAGAGUGAUGGGGAUGUGCCAGGAGACACUACCACUGAAGGAGAUGAAGAAGAACCUGGCAGUGUUGCUGGAAAUGAACUCGACGAGGCAAUGAAGAAAACAAGGAUGUUCAGGUGGAUCAAGAAAGGAUUCUGGAAAGGAAAAGGGAGAAGGAAAUCAAGAAAAAAACCAAUAGUGCAACUAUAAAGGCAGGCAACAACACUGAUGUAAAUGAAGGUGAAGACAAUGUAGCCGGAACGGAAGAAUACAUGAAUGUGAAGGCGCAGGAAAGCAGAGGUGCCAAUGACCAGAGAAGCAAAGAGUGGACUGGGCAGGAAGAUAGCAAUGAAUGUGGGAAUGAAAUUGCCCAUAGUGGUUUUCCUGCACCUGAGGAAGCAAAUAUGUGCCGCGUUCCCUCCGGAAAGGAUGUUUUCGAUCCCGGCUCAGCUCUAGCUCCGGAGGGAGCGAGCAGGUUCCCUGAGCCCUCCGCUGGGCUACUCCGAGGGGAGGCUUUGGAGAGCUCGGGAUGGAUCUUUGGCUCCGAGGGCGAUGGAAAGCGGGACCCACGCGCGGAAGAGAUGACAAGGAAGCGUCCUUCUUUGGGGGCAGAAGAUCCUUUAUUUCCCUCAGGGUGAGGGAGAAACGAACCAGGAUCCAACUAACGCUUGGGUGCGUUGGAUCUUGACCAAUUGAGUUGGCCAACGUGUUCCACACGUUGGCCGCGGGCUGAGGCACAAUCCAGGUGUGGCUGGCUCUGAUGAACAGGCCGAUGGCGAGGGCCAGAAGAAUGGGGCUUGUCGAUGACAUCUCAGCUGAGCUGGGUCGCAGGCGGGUCAGCAACUGAAAGACAACUGAAAAGAAUGAUCACUCAAAUAGAAGGGGAAGGUCUAAACUUAGGUCAAGGGAAAAGGGAUCCAGGGAGUCUUCAGGGUAUUCGGGAAUGGGAGGGGACUCAGCUAGGAGGAGAAAAGAGUCGGGGUUAUUCAGGGUGGGCUUCCUCCGCCUCCGGAAUGCGGCCAUGGCGACCUGCGGCUUUUCGGAUCCCGAGGAGACUUUGGCGGUGUAUGGUCUUACGAACUUGGACGGGACCCACCUGAGACCUGAGGGCGUGGACACGCAAGCGUAUCCCCGUCCCCAAGUCACCAGGUCAUAGGGUCCCUCCAGCCGCCAGGUCUCCGGGUCCUUUAUCAUCACUGGUGGUCGUUCUUUGACCUUGGCGUGUUCGCACUGACCGAAGUGCCUCGCGAUUGGCGGGUUGGAGUUGUCAUAAGAGCAAUUGAGAAAAUUGAUGGUGAAGAGAGCUCGUGCCAAUCGGACCUGGGGGGACUCAACCUUCAUUGUCGGUGUCUGUUGUUGUAGCAUCCUUUUUAGACUCUGGUGAGUCCUCUCCACCACGGCUUGACCUGACGGGGAAUAGGCGAUGCCAGUACGAUGUUCAAUUCCCCAUUGCUGCAGGAAAGCUGCGAAUUCCCUGGACUUGUACCCCGGAGCAUUGUCUGUUUUUAGUAAUUUAGGGAUGCCCAGCGUGGAGAAGGCCAACAUCAGAUGUUUUUUGACAUCGGCAGCUUUCUCCCCUGUGUGGGCAGAGGCGUAAACCGCACCGGAGAAGGUGUCAACAGAGACGUGCACAUACUUAGAUCGCCCAAAGGAGUUGAUGUGGGUGACAUCCAUCUGCCACACCUCGCAGGCUUGGAGUCCUCGGGGAUUUGCUCCUGCGCUCACCGAUGGUAGUGGGAGCGACUUACAGGAGGGACAUGUUGCCACAAUGGCCUUGGCCUGGUCACGGGUUAGAUGGAACUGCCGGACCAGACCUGGCGCAUUCUGAUGGUGGAGUUGGUGACUGAGCUUUGCUUGUUGGAAUCGCACAAGCCUUGCGGAUGAGCUCCGCCACCAACUCUUGUGGCCUUGUCAUUCUUUUGGACCUGUUAUGGCUCAGGAAGACCCACUCUAUGAUAGAGAGAGGGUCUCUUCGCCCCUGGUCCUUGUCCCCUUUUGAUGUCUCUCUCCAUUGGAAGAUGAGUCCGUGGAGGUGUGGCAGUCUGCCUAAAAUGAUGAAUUUAAAUGGCAGGUCCAGGAUGUAGCGGUGGGCCUGCCUGGCAGACAUCAACUCCUGAACCUUCUCAAGUGCAGCUUGGGCCUCUGGGGUGAGUUCCCUGGGAGAACAGGGCUCUUCCCCCCCUUUCAAUAAAUUGAAAAGAGGGGCUAGGUCGUCGGUGGGAAUACCUAACCAGGGUCUCACCCAAUUUAAGGACCCACACAGUUGCUGGACAUCAACAAGAGUUCGAAUUUUAUUUUUGAUUUCCAAUUUUUGCGGAACAAUGGUCCGCUUUCUGAUUUCUAACCCAAGGUAUUUCCAGGGUGGCAUCUUUUGAAUUUUAUCAUUUCGCAGCUCGAACCCUGCAUCAACCAACAAAUCCGUUGUCAGGUGAAGCGCGUGGGCAAGUAGAUCGUCGGUAGGGGCACAAAUAA